AGAAUGUUACAUGUGAAGCGGCCCCAGGUGGCCAGGAGCAUGUGUUGACGCAGCUCCUUUCAGAUUCACAUUCUCUUAGGUUCUUAUUAAUGCUCAGACGUGAGUCCUGGCUAUUACAGUAACGCAUGAUCUACCUAGUAAAUAGUAAUGCAGGUCAUCUUGACUAGUAAGUGACGUAGGAGUUUCCACGUACAAAGUGACGAAGGUUCUUGGUAAAAUGAGAGGCUGGUCCUACUACUACAGUGCCGGAGGAUCUUCCUAGUAAAUAGUGACGCGGGUCCUUGAUAGCACAGUUACGAGGAUCAUUGGUAGUACGGUGAGAUGAUGAGGACGUCUACCACACCCCUGCUCUUCCUCCAGACACUGCUGUCGUCCACGAUCCUUGUAGCAACGUUCGAGAUUCAGCAUGAUUGUUUGGUGCUGAAUAACAUAGAGACCAACAUAACGUUCGACACAUUCGAGUUCCUCAGCCUGGCUCGUCCUGAGGAACAUACUGUGACAGCAUACAUCUUCUGUGAAGACACUAACAAGUAUGAUUACCUGAACCUGACUCCCAGCAACGUUUCACUACUUAGGUAUCGAUCUAAUAACCAGGAAGACUUCAUUACGCCCACCCCUGUGGAAGUGAUCGGCUGGACAAGGUUCCGCUUAGGCUUUAUGAAUAACCUUACUCUACAUGAUGACAACAAUCUGAAUUGGCUGCAUGACCCCAGCCCGAUUGAUUGUACUGUAUCAAAACUUUCCAUAAAAAAUGGUAACUUCACUCGACAGUGUUCACCAAACACUCCCGUGUGGAGAAUUGAAGGCAGUCAAGUUGUGGAUGUACUUAUGAACACUGAUGCAGCUGAUUUGGAGAAGCGUAUAAAUUUGACUUUGUUUUCCAUGAAGAACCACAAGCCAUUCUUCAACGUGUGCGGGGCGGAGUUCCAGCUUGGUCUGCGCGAAGGGUCUAUGGUGAUGGCGUCGGACGAGGCUGCUGAUGCAUUGCCUCCUGGGCGCCGGUACCUCGCCCUCACCAUUCUCUCCCAAGACUCCCACACACUGCUCAAGGUUGAGAGUGAAGGCGACGAGCUGUUGACGACCAAGGUAGCAUGCUAUCCCAGCAAGGUGAGGGUGAGGGGUCGUAAUUCUGACAGCUUCCUGCUGGUGGAGCAUCUUCACAUACCCACACGUGAAGAGAAGGAGCUCUGGUGUGUCUCGAGGAGCGUGGCGGUGGGCACGUCGAUAACAGCCGGGGUUACCAUCCUCCUCCUCGCCCUCAUGACGUUCUUCGUCAUAUACAAGUAUGGGCGCGAAAAGACCAUCAACCGCCACAUCCCGCCAAGACCAAUAAUGACCUUGACCUCGAUGCCUUCUUAUGUGGAGCCCAUUGAGCCCACCAAGACAGCCACACUUGAGAGAGAGACAAAGGCCAAGGAUCGCAUUAACACACCCAGCCCCGAACACUUGUACGAGGAGAUAGACGAGAGUAACAUUAAAGCGGACCCGCACCACCACUACACCAAUGAACACAACAGUACCGGGUCUGACGUCAGCCACAGUUCAUUUCGUUCUUCAACUUCCUCUCCAGAUAUUAGUUAAAUAUAUAUGAAUUUAAUUGGAAAGACGUAUAUAUUGACCUGUAGAGACAAGCACAAUUAGCUUGGGAAGAUUACAAAAAAAAAAAAAAAAAAAAGUGGGGCACGCCGCACCCCACCCCGUAUGGAGCCCCACAUUUUACGUCUCUUCCUACUGCGUAAUUUUAGUUUUUUGUGCUUCACCCAUUUAUAACAUUUACGCUACAAGUUAAUGUUCACUUUAUUCAUGUACAAUCUUGUCUUGCUUAUUCAUUUUGUGUUACUUUACUGAUUGUUUACUACUUUCAAUUAUUAAAAAAAUCCAUAUAUUGUUUCGCUCGACAUCAGCAAUAUAAUGAGAUGAAUGUUCCAAUUUUCUUCAAAGACCGAGCCUUGAUCUCUUCGGCUUGAGGACAUUUCCAUGUCUUUAAUGGUUGUAACACACAUGAUUUUGGGCGAGUAUAUUCAGAGUAUGAUAGUUCUUAUGUAUAUUUAAUAUAGUACGGUUACAACAGUUGGAUAUUUGAAAUGGUAUGACGUGUUGGCUGAGUCAUAUAGGACGUAAUGCUGAAGGUGACCGGAGGCUAAGACCAUUGUGUGAGGCCUGGAAAGGAUAGCUGGAAUGAAGCCGAGAGCAGAACUUGAGCGAGGUCGGAGAUGGAGAUCGAAUGAAGCCGAGAGAUUGUAUGCUCCGUAGUAAGGCUUGUAGCAUCUGGUGUGGAAGUUGAACUAGACUGGCGAUGCUACUGAUUGAUUGAUUGAUGACUAAGCCACCACAAGUGGUGGAACGGGCAUGAGUAGCCCGUAGGUGGUAGAUAUUUGGAAUGAAUGUGGUCUUUAGUCGUGUAACAUCUUGAAGUUGACUGAUUGAUGAAGAUUAAGCCACCCACAAGAGGUGACAUAACUAGCCCGCAGGAUCUUGAAGUGUCUGGGCCUGUCUUUAGCCCGCGGGCGACGCUGAUUGAUUGAUGAAGCCACCCGAGAGGGCCGUUUGAUGAAGAUUAAGCCACCCAAAAGGUGGCACGGGCACGAAUAGCCCGUAAGUGGUGGCCCUUUUGAGUCAUUACCAGUAUCAAGAGCUGAUACUGGAGAUCUGUGGAGGUGCGAGUGCACCCUGCGUGACGGGAGAUGUCUCCCGUGCCGAGAGGGCCGUCUCCGGCCGUCUUAUGCAUGAAUUCACCUGACCUUGUAUUGGACCCAGUUUGCUUUUUACUUGGCAGGAUGGUCAUCAUUUGGUCUGAUGGUAAGCUUGCUGGUUACUUUCAGCUGUUCUAAGUGAUGUAUAGAAACCUUCGGGAUUUGUUACAGACGCUAUUCAUGUUAGUGGUUUCACAAAAAUGUACCACACAAUGUAUGUAAUUUCACAACCAAUUGUAUCUUAUUGUAUAUAAGGCAGUGGAAGCCUCCACUAUUAGAAAGUGCUGGACGACGAGCCUGGGUCACAAAAAGAUUUACGAACCCACGUCUGACAACCAGUGUACAGCCCCAAGAGUCCAAUAUCCUACAGAGGCCCUUUCUUGGGAUAUCCAAAACACUUACAGGUUGUUGCAAAACUUAAUUUUACAAAUGGACAAAUCAUAACCUUACUUUACAUUUAAUAUAAUUUCUCUAGCUCAAUUUAAUCCAUGGAAUGUGCUAUACUGACUUGUGCCCAUACACAAACAAAUAUUAUUCUAUCGGUGAUCUUCUGAACCAUUAGAGCUACUAGCCUAGAGGAACUGCUACACCUGCAAUCCUCACAGCUGUGUGGUAUAGUGUCCUCUGGUGAUCUCGCCAGUUUUUUUCUGGAA